AUGAGCGCAGCAGCGGCCACUAACGGGCUCGGGAAGUUGCAGCAGGUGGCGAGCCUCAAGAUUUCGGACGCGACGGCGGCCCUGGACCUACGCGCCCAGACACAAGCCCAAUCGGAAUUUGGCUUGGACCACCAGCAGCAGCAGCAACAGCAUCACCACCAGCAUCAGCAGCAACAACAGCACCAUCACCAUCAGCAGACACAACAACAGCCGCAGUCGCAGCAACAGCAGCCGCAGCAACAUCCGCAGCAGCAGCAACAACACAGCCGCAACAACAUCACCACCACCACCACCAUCAUCAUCAUCAACACCACCCGGGGAAUCAUCUCCACCCUGGCGAUUCGGGGGGUGGGAUAG